GAUAAGAUACAGAGAUCACAAAGAUGAAUAACACGUUCUUUCUCAUAGCAUCCAUUUUGAUAUUCUUCUAUGUCGUCACCACUAAGUUUACUAGGUGGAAGUCGGGCAACGUUAUCCGACUUCCACCUGGUCCAUACCCCCUUCUGAUAAUCGGAAACAUCUUUGAACUCGGAGAAAAACCCCAUAUCUCGCUUGCUUCGCUCUCCAAAAUCUAUGGUGGGUUGAUGACGCUUAAAUUGGGUAGCAUCAUCACCAUUGUUGUAUCCUCACCCGAAAUAGCCAAAGAAAUCCUACUCAAACACGAUCUAUCCUUCUCAAGCCGAUCAGUCCCAGACACGGGUCGGGUGGUUAACCACCAUCUAUUCUCCGUGGUUUGGUUGCCGGUUGGGGAUCAAUGGCGAAGGCUAAGAAGAAUAUCCAAACAACACUUGUUCUCAGUACAACAGCUCGAUGAUGGUCAGCUCCUACGCAGGGAAAAGAUUCAAAAACUUGUUGAUCACGUUCAUGAAUGUUGUACGAGCCAAAAACCGAUAAACAUUGGUCGAGCUGCAUUCACAACGUCUCUUAACGUUCUUUCCAACUUCAUCUUCUCCACCGAUAUGGCUCCUUAUGAUUCUGUUGAAUCUCAAGAAUUCAAGGAUGCUGUAUCUGGUUUAGCAGAUGUUGUUGGAAAGCCGAAUUUAGCAGACUUUUUUCCUUUACUAAAACCAUUCGAUCCACAAGGGUUGCUUCGAGAGGCCAACGUUCAUGCCGAAAAGUUAAUGGCGAUAUUGGAUAGGAUGAUCGAUCAACGGGUGCAAGCGAGGGCCAAAUCCUCGGCUGCUGCUUCCUCAACCAACGACGUUUUAGAUUUGCUGCUGGACCUCAGUGCGAAAAAUGAAUCCGAGUUUAGCCGAAACGACAUACUUCACUUUCUUUUCGAUCUAUUUGCUGCGGCAACCGAUACAACAACAAGCACGUUGGAAUGGGCGAUGGCCGAGUUAAUACACAACCCGGAAAAGAUGGCGAAAGCUCGGUCUGAGCUUGAGGAAAUCACCGGGAACGCCAACAUCAUUAUCGAGGAAUCAGACAUCUGUAAGCUCCCAUACCUAGAAGCGGUCGUUAAAGAAACCCUUCGGCUACACCCUCCGGUCCCAUUUCUACUCCCGCACAAAGCCUUGUGCGACGUAGAAAUCCAAGGGUUUGUUGUGCCUAAAGAUGCACAAAUCCUAUGUAACGUGUGGGCUAUUGGUCGAGAUCCGUCGAUAUGGUCCGACCCUCAUGAGUUCAUGCCAGAGAGGUUCUUAGAUGUCAAUAUCGACUACAAAGGCCGAGACUUCGAGCUCAUUCCGUUUGGUUCUGGGCGGAGAAUUUGUCCUGGAUUGCCUCUUGCGCAUAGAAUGUUGCAUCUGAUGCUCGGCUCCCUGAUUCGCAAAUUCGAUUGGAAACUCGAGCCCGAAGAUAUGGAUAUGAGCGAGAGAUUUGGAAUAACGUUACACAAGAGCGUUCCUCUCGUGGCCAAUCCGAUCAAAAUCUGAUACUAUCGGAUACCCAACUCAUCAGGAUAUAUAAACAUGCGUACAAAUGUUUUGUGUUAGGAUUAUGAAAAAUGAUGGCGAAAAUAACGGUUCUAAGCCUCGAAGACUUGUCUUUUAAUACAAUAAUUUUGGUUAAUAUUUGAA